AUGCCCUCCACUCUCGAACGGGAAUCCGGUCGUAUGGGAUUGCCCUUCUACCUCUUCGCUACGAUCCUCCUCUUCAACUUAGACGUCGCGGCAUUAGCGCUCACGCGGGAUCUUCGCGUCAACGACGAUGACACGUGCGAGCUCCAAGUCACGCUUUCCGCCACCCUCCACGAACGCCUUCUUUAUCUCCUCCGAGUCGUCCGCCUUGCUUCCAACGCUAUCGUCCCUGACGAGAUCGCCGCCAGCGCCGAUGUGGACUUCAAUCUCGCGGCUCUCUCCGAGCUCGGAUCAGACUUUCCUCCUUUCCCCGUCCUCCUCUUCCUACAAUGUUACCCGGACUACAACCAACUCUCCGGACCAACCCCUCGAUCCGUCUGGGCGAAAACCUGGUACGACUACCAGCAAUGCGCGCACGCAUCCAUGGACUGGAUCGCGAGAGCCAUGCGGACCUCGGUCGGGACUCACGGAGAGAUGUCUGCUUGGAGGUGGACCCCGCAUUCGUUCUCGCCCUCGUGGGUGAUAAUCGGAGAAGAUUACGGCGACGUACUCUCGGCGAGGAGUCUCCAGAAGACUUGUCUAGGCGCGGAUCUCAUCACCGAGGCGAUGCGAAGCCGUGGCAUCCUUCGCGCCAUCGCCAACGUCCUCGGAGUCGCCGACAUCUACGUCCUGGUCUACUGCGACGACAUCCUCGUUGUAAACGCGAACCCCGGCGUUCUUCACGGGUUCGACCUCGUCUCCGUAGUAUCCGGAGUUAUCACCGAGUGUCCGGACCUCGAACGCUUGAAAUUAUGGAUGGUGAACGACUACUGCCCAAUGUACGACUCAAGCAUACAAGGAAUUGUCGAAGAACUCAUUCCUGACCCGGUCUCGCCUUUGUGGGCAGCCGCUGGUGUGGUCAAUCUCCCCUCCCUUCAAGCAGUGGUCGCCAACGUCGGCACGGAUAGCUCACACAUGCUCUACCUGGACUGCGUCACAUUUCCUCAGAGUACCAGUCUCGACAUCAUUACGAAGGACUCAAAGCUUCGGGACCUUUUCACCGGACACGCGCUCCCGGCGCGGCGCAUCCAAGAGGCGGACGCCAUCCGCCUCAGCGACUCUUGUCAGCCGUUCAACUCGAAGUGGGAGACCGAGGUCGUGAUGUUCAAGGGGGACGCGGCGUCGAUCCGGAUCACGCGCACUCGCUCCGAAGGCCCCGACUGCGACCCGCUGCCUGCCUCGGAGACCCUGGACGACUGCGUCGCACUGCUGCGCGAGCACGGCACGAACGUCGCGCGCCUCAUUCUACACCAGCGAGGACUCUACGGCAAGCUCGACAUCCUCGGCCCCUUCCCUUCCAUCACGUCCCUCGAGAUCGCAGGGCCAUGCUUCGACGAGGUGCUUCCGGCGCUGCUAGUACGGUCUCAGUGCGCACCCAACACCCAGCCCGGCGUGGUGGUCUGUCCAAACUUGAAGAGCCUCGUCGUCUCGUUCCCACGCGACUACGGCUGGCUUCAGAGGACGAUGAAGCGGAAACCGACGCGGUGGGAAGAGAUGGCGGCGGUGACGCUGUGGGACGACCAGGCCGCGCUCGUGAAGGUGCUGGAGUCGAGGGCCGCGAAAGGACUUCGGUUGGAGCGCCUCGAGUGGCAGGCAUGGGAGUGGGACAACGUCUGCAAACUCGAGGCCCCUCCGCAAGCAGUCGCCCACACGCUCAUGCCUCGCCCGGGGCUGGUCGUACAAUCUGCACUCGAGAAGUUCGUCGAUGGGCCUGUCGUCUUCGGAGGGGUCACAUAUCUGGAAUUACCCACGAAGUGA